UUAAAAUCCCCCGAUACCUUCAUUUUUUACGCAUCAGUAUAUUAAUAGAUGCCUACACCCCACUCUCAUCAAAUGAGCUUUGGUAAAGUAUAUCUGCUAUCCCCAGUAGCAAAUCUGCCUGGCGUGGCAAAGGUCCAGAUCGAUAUCUUCUCGAGCCACAAACUUGGUAAAUAGCUGCUUGAACUGCCUGGAUUUCUCUAUCUCCUAGUCGGAAGUACUGGAGUUCAAUUGAUGAAAACACUUUGGAAAGCUUUGUUAGGAAAACAUUCGAUGUUAAUAGAAUCUCGGGUCUGUCUAGGUGAGAGGGUUAUAAGGAAAGUUCAUCCGCUCUACAGAUGGGAGACUCAAUAUUUCCUCGUGAUCUUCCGGUAUUCCCAAAAAGCUGGAUUUCAUUCUAAUAGAAAUCGAUUCCUGCACUCAUCUUUUACUCUCCAUUUGUUUGAACCAUCGAAUAUGGUUGGCUUUUUUAAUACAAAAAAAUGUUCAUACAAAUGUUCAAAGUCCUCGCAGCUGGCAUAUUCGGACCUGAAGCUCUGUUGGGAAUACCGAAGAUUUCUUGUGUCAAAGUUGAUAUAGGAACGGAGAAAUCAGCCUUCCUCAAUUGCUAUUUUUGUCAGAGAUUCUCCAACUGUUUAUAUGUUCCUACUAUUCUAAUGCUCCUCCGAGGCUGAGGCGCUACGCGCGAUCUUUUCUAGUUCAUAGAUCUUGUCGCAACGUAGGCGGGCGUCAACAGUCCAAUUUGCGGGACGACCCGACGUUUCUGCUGUGGAGAUGAUGUUGGUGGCCUGGAACUCAGCCCUUUUUCUUCUCUCUUAAAAUUCGUAAACUUGCUCCAUAUUUUAGCCAUGCUCAUGACCUUCUUGCCAUUCAUCCUUCAGGCCUGGGACCUAUCUUGUACUACAUCGAUAAAAAAAUGCCGAGUUGCAGGACUUUGUUCAUUAUUUCGCUCUGGGCGAUACAAGUAUUUGGCCUUAAACAGCUUCCAAAAAGGAGUAAGUCAACCAUUAACUUAUUCUGUGUUUAUAAUUAAAAGUCAAGCAGCGGCUUCCAUAUCAUAUAAUGAAACAUCGACAAGUUCGGACCGGGCAACCAUAACAUCUUCCGCUGUUAGUUCGGAAUGCUGCUAUCUUUCAUCUUUCGAAGUUGGUCAGGUUCUGUGGUAUUCUGAAAGUAUCAAUAUUAUUGUAGCAACAGUUUCUACUGUUGUGUAUAAGUAUGACAACACAGCUAUUACAGAAACCCUGACUAUAUCUACAAACUCUACAGUGCCAUCACGACCCAUAACACGAUCAUCCAUCAAUGGCCUCCCUACAACAAUUAUUGGGACUGGCCUAGGAGUUUACCAAGCUGAGACAACAUUCAUUCACGGAACCGCUUUCACCGAUCCAUACGGAACAGUGUACGAAUCGCCGACACCUGUUUGGAUCUACACAGAUGUCAUAUAUGCAACUGCGUUACCAAAGUUGACGCAGAGUGCAUAUGUAUGCCCUAAUCCGAAUGAUGUCAAGAGCUCAUCCGGCAAGGAAAUAUCCCCUUACCCAUCAGGAUUCUUUCUCGCCGACAAUGACCCUAAUUAUGGCUGGAACUCAACAGGGGCUUUUUCGACAACAUUACCUACACAAUUGCGUGAUUGGAUGGCUAGUUAUGCCGCAGCCGACACAGAAAAUACCCCGACAAACCUCGGAAAAUGUGGACUGGGUGCUGGACGAGGUGUACCUACCGCCUAUGUUCCCUACAACGAAAUCACAGCUACUAUUACCACUACUUCCACUAUGUAUGGGAAUUUUGGGAUCGGCGGCGUUUCAAGUCCAGCUAAUCGAUCAACUCAAAUCGCAUCAUCUACAUCGACUGCUACCACUCCAAUCAAAACUAUUACCUCUCAAUCCACUCGCUCAACCACCAGAACCUCUAUCAUUACAAUUACCAAAAUGGCCGAUAUUUCAAGAACAUCCCAGACUCCGAGUGUACAAACAAUAGUUGCAACAGUAAAAGCAGCCCUCAUAAAUACAAUCACGCCAGCAGCAUCUACGACAAUUUCUUAUGUUUCUCAAACCUCGAGUACUCCUUCCCAAACUUCCGACUAUGUAAUUGUGAAUUCCGAAUUGAUUACGCAAAAUGAAUCGGUGAUUGCGACAGGAACGGGCAGUAGUGUGAGUACAGCUAUGGUAAAAGGAGGAAGUUUACCGAAAAUUGUGUUGGUUAUGGAUUGGGCUAGUACGAGCACCUCAGGGGGAGUGGGAGGGAGUACGCAAACGGGAACUGGCACGGCACAAGCGUUGACGGAUACUACGGUUCCGGGCGUGGCGCGGAAUUCGAGUAAUUCAGGAGGAUCUGUAGGGAGAAAAGCUGAUAUUGGGAUAUUGUGCGUUGGCAGCGUGGUUUUGGCAGGAUUGGCUGGGGUCUGGGGCGUGUAGAUGAGAUGAGAUGGAAUAUUGUAGGGGAGCUUGUAUUGGGGAAUUAGACUUAGAGGCAAUAAUAUUGUAAUAAUAUUGUACAUAUAUUUAUUUAUACUUGAAUAUGUUUUGACAAGAAUA